AUGGAAGUCGAAAAUGAUUCUUUCGCCGAAGAAUUUCUUGACGCGUGCUACGAUUGGGAGCUUUCAAAAGUCCAGGAAGCCCUCGCCACCCGGCGACCUUCUGCCGAGAACCUUAACGAGGGGCUCGCGAACGCCACUAGACAGAGGCACACCGAGAUGGUGGCUGCACUUUUUGAUGCUGGCGCUGGGUUAUCAAUAUCGGCGAUAGAUUCUCUUCCCGGAAUCAACUUGAUGCAAGACGUCGGUAUUGUUCGCCUCUUUUUCGAUCAUGGACUAGAUCCUAACGCGAUCGUAUCUAAUAGCGAGCCUAUUCUAGCAUUCAUGGCCGAUUUCGCAUGUGCUCGCGAAUUUCUCUCGCGAGGCGCAGACCCUAACCGUAUCGGACCGUCGGGGAAAUCCAUCCUUGUCGGCGCUAUCGUAAGUAGCGAAGAUACAUCCUGGAUUGAGGUCCUUCUCGAGUACGGCGCGAGACUCGAACAGGAAUACCUCUUUUACGCCCUCCGGCCACGUGUACGCCAAAAACUGCAGAAAACUUCUUUUCUGCUGGCGAAGGGGCUCGAUCCUAAUCACAUUAAUACUGAAUGGGGCACUCCUCUACACUAUGCUGUUGAGUGUGGUUCCCCGGGCCUUGUCAGAAUACUCCUAGACGCGGGCGCCGACCCUACUGUGCGGUCCACUGGCAAAAGUUACUAUGGCGAGCUACCCUUAGCAGCAGCCGAGCAUAUUCGAAUUCCUAAGAAUAAAGAGGAAAUCAUUGCUCUUCUUCAAACUUGA